CCUCUCUGUGCUGAGGCAGCUCAGGGUGAGGCAGCCUUGGAGCUCUGUGAGACCUUCAUCGAACAACUAAGGGGGUGGGGGGAUGUACCCCAAGUUGUGGAACCCCAGAGGAGAAGGAUGGCCCUCACCACAAUGAACAUAGGAAGCUUUUGACGCGGUGUGGAGGGUUCCGGAGCACCCACCCAGUUGGAGUGGCCUGUGCAAGCAAGAAGUUGAAGGAGGUGGGCACCCAAGUGCACGUGGAGGAGAGGUUGACCAUGCGUCACCUCUCCUUGAGGCAGGACCCACAUCCAAGGACAGCCACGGCCACCGGUGAGAAGUUGCUCUGCUGGCUGGUGUCUCCUUUUGGAGGUCUCUCUCCAUCACUCUAGAGGACCUGUGGGUGAAUUUGGAGCAGACGCUGUGGUGCUCUGCAUUGCACCUCUCGGUGAUUGAGGAUCCGGGAUAAAAAUACUCCUCCAGUAACGAACAGCUGUUAAUGCACUACCUGGCUUCCAGAAGAACCUGUCGCAGAUCUACCCACCUGGAAAACAAUGUCAUUUCUCCUACUGUGUCCUAACAGCUUGUUCUGGGUGCUGUCAAGGCACAUCACAUCGCAUCAGUUCAAUGUUGGAAAUUCAGUCAAGACAUCUUUCCAGGCUCUCUGCUGGUUGCUGUUGGGAAUAAUCCUACUUUGCCCUCCAGCACAUUGUUCUGUUUUUAAAAUCGGACUGCUCGGGCCCUGGAACUGUGACCCUUUAUUUUCCAAAGCCUUUCCCCAUGUGGCUGCCAGGCUCGCAGUGGGACGAAUAAGCAAAGAUCCUUCACUAAAUCUUGGCCACAGGCUGGAUUAUGUGGUCCUGCAGGAAGAAUGUGAGACAUCAAGGGCUCUGGUUAGAUUCAUUGAUUUUGGAAAACUUUCCUCAGCUUUCAUAGGCCCCCUGAACCCUGGCUUCUGUGAGGUGGCUACACUUUUAGGGGAAAACUGGAAUAAAGCCAUCUUCUCAUGGAUGUGCAUCAAUUAUAAACUGGAUUCCAGCAUCCAUCACCCUACGUUUGCGAGGACCUUACCCCCUCCAACCCGAGUUUUGUUUACAAUAAUGAAAUAUUUUAACUGGGCUCAUGUUGGCAUCAUUGCUUCCAACGAGGGUAUUUGGAUGGGCACAGCCAACAAGUUAGCGAGUGCCCUCAGGAACCAGGGACUUCCUGUAGGAGUUGUUACAUCCGUGCGUAAAGGAGAAAAGGGCAUUGAAGAUACCUGGAAUGAGAUUAAAGCAGUUGAUGGCAUUAGAAUUAUAGUCCUGUGCAUGCAUUCUGUGCUCAUUGGAGGAGAGGAACAGGCCACCUUGCUCACAAAAGCUCUGGAAAUGGGACUAGCAGAUGGAAGAUACGUCUUCAUUCCAUAUGACACUUUACUGUACAGCCUUCCCUACCAAAACAACUCAUUUGAUGUCUUUGAUAAUGACAGCAAGCUCCAGGAAGCAUAUGAUGCUGUGCUGACUAUCACACUGGCAUCUGGAGAAAGGACUUUCUAUGAUGCAUUUAGGGAAGCUAAAGAAAGUGGUGAAAUAACCAGGGAUUUGGAAGCCAGCCAGGUUUCUCCACUUUUUGGAACAAUCUAUGAUGCCAUUUACUUCAUGGCAAUGGCUAUAGACAGUGCUUGGAGGAAAGGGGACAAAGUCUCGGGAGCUAACAUAGCUGAGCACACAAAAAACUUCAGUUUCCCUGGAUUUAGUUACCAAGUAGAAACAGACAACAGUGGGAAGGGGCUGAGCAACUACGUGAUACUGGACACAGAUGGUCGUGGGAACCAGCUCUUCCCAACCCACUUGCUGGACAUGUCUUCAGACUCUGUGAAGUCCCUAGACCGGGCCAUCCACUUUCCCAGUGGAGCUCCACCCAAGCCAGACUCCAGCUGUUGGUUUGAUCCAGAUGUUCUCUGCACCGGAGGGAUUGAGCCUGCAGUCAUGAUUUUGGCAGUAAUGCUGAUAUUUGCCCUGGUGCUUUGUGCUGUGGGCCUGGCUUCUCUCAUCAGGCAUAGCAUCUUGAACAGCCAGCUAUUCCGGGGGCCUAACAAGAUAAUACUGACCUUGGAUGACCUUGUCUUCAUCAACCCAGAGCUACAUAAAAAGAGGCUGACCUUGGACAGUCUGACUGAUGCAAACAGCGUGGCAGCCGAAGGCAGAAGCCUGAAAUCUGCAACCCACUCCUAUUCCUUGAAAAGCACAGCUGCCACCCAUGAAACCUCCAACGUGGCUUUGUAUGAGGGAGACUGGGUGUGGCUGAAAAAAUUCGAGACGGGAGCCGUUCACAAUCUGCGGCAAAGCUCCACCAGCAUCUUGAGGAAGAUGAAGGAUCUGCGUCACGAAAAUGUUAAUCUGUUCCUGGGAUUUUUCUCUGACUGUGGCAUCUUUGCCAUAGUGACAGAAUACUGCUCCCGAGGAAGCCUGGAGGACUUGCUGAGGAACGAAGAUAUGAAACUGGACUGGAUGUUCAAGUCCUCUCUUGUGAUGGAUCUAAUUAAAGGAAUUAGAUAUUUGCAUCACCGAGAUUUUGCCCAUGGACGUCUCAAGUCUCGUAACUGUGUUGUGGAUGGUCGGUUUGUGCUGAAGAUCACUGACUAUGGUUAUAAUGAGCUCUUAGAAGCACAGAAAUGCCCAUAUAUCCAGCCACCCCCAGAAGAAUUGCUAUGGACAGCUCCAGAAUUACUGAGAGACCCAGACAUGCACAGAAAAGGCACAUUCAAAGGGGACAUUUACAGCUUUGCAAUCAUCCUACAAGAAGUGAUUGUUCGGGGUCCACCAUACUGCAUGUCAGAACUCUCAGCUGAAGAAAUUAUAAAGAAAGUGAAGAAGCCCCCUCCCCUGUGCCGUCCAAACAUAGCCCCUGAGCUGGCCCCCCUGGAGUGCAUCCAGGUCAUGAAGCAAUGCUGGGGUGAAGCCCCUGAACGACGUCCAACCUUUGAGGAGAUAUUUCAUAAGUUCAAAACCAUAAACAAAGGGAAAAAGACCAAUAUCAUUGACUCAAUGCUCAGGAUGCUCGAACAGUAUUCAAGCAACCUGGAAGAUUUAAUCAGGGAGCGGACCGAAGAGCUGGAGAUUGAAAAACAGAAGACAGAAAAACUACUGUCACAAAUGCUCCCCCCAUCAGUGGCAGAAGCCCUCAAGACUGGUGGCACUGUGGAGCCGGAGUAUUUUGACCAGGUGACCAUCUACUUCAGUGACAUCGUGGGCUUCACAACCAUUUCAGCCCUCAGUGAACCCAUUGAAGUAGUUGACCUUCUGAAUGAUCUUUACACUUUAUUUGAUGCCGUGCUUGGAAACCAUGAUGUUUACAAGGUGGAGACAAUUGGUGAUGCCUACAUGGUUGCCUCAGGGCUCCCAAAACGCAACGGAAACAAGCACGCGGCUGAAAUAGCCAACAUGUCCCUGGACAUCCUCAGCUCGGUGGGGACAUUCAAAAUGAGACACAUGCCAGACAUCCCCCUAAGGAUACGGAUUGGGCUACACACAGGGCCUUGUGUGGCGGGUGUGGUGGGGCUUACCAUGCCUCGGUACUGUCUCUUCGGAGACACGGUGAACACGGCGUCAAGAAUGGAGUCCACAGGCCUGCCUUACAGAAUUCAUGUCAGCCAAAGUACAGUGGAUACGCUUCGGAGUCUAAAUGAAGGCUAUCAGAUUGUACCUAGGGGAAAAACGGAACUGAAGGGUAAAGGAGUAGAAGACACAUAUUGGUUAGUUGGGAAAAAAGGCUUUUUGAAGCCCUUACCUAAACCUCCUGAAAUGAAGCCAGGCAACUGGCCAGAUGUGCUGACCAGGAAACUCAAAUCUGUCCUGAGUAGCACAAAGAGGACACUGACAAAAGCAACCUUUAAAGAGCUGGGGAGCAUGAAAGAGGCCGAAAUAAGUAUUGAAGAGGAUGAAAUCUGAGAAGAGCACAGCAACGAACUAGUAAGAUUGGGAUGGACACCUUGAAGCCAAACCAGCAGAAGAACUCACAUCCUCCAUUUAAUUCCCUUCCAGCCAAAAGCAGUAAAGUUGAUGAAGCCCUUUAGUUCUUGCACAGGGUAAACAGGAGCAGGCAGAUGCAUCCUGACCAUCAUCUCUGGUGAAAUUGUGCACCAGUUCAGAGCUGUAUGUGUGUGUUUUUGGCAGUGGUCCAUUGGGGAGGGAAGUGAUGGUGAUGGUAGAGUCAGCUCUUCAUCAGCAUCUGUCACAAGGAUAAGCCCAAAGAAUAUUUUAGCUAUGUCUGCAUGGCAGCAUAAACAUGUCCGACUGUACUUGGGCUUGGAACUAAACAAUAAUGCCAAGUGCUAAAAUUAUUUAACUGUUUUGCAUUAAAUAGAUUUGUUGUUGUUGCUGCAGGAAACUCUGGUUUCACGAAAAUCAGUGCAAUUGAGAAGAAAAUGUUUUUGACAACAACAAAAAAUAUUUUUUACUCCCCCACAAGGGGAAAUUUUGGAUCAAAAUGUUUUGUUCCUGCAUGUCAAUUUAAGCUGAAACAUUUUCUUUUAAAUUGACAUUUCAGUUGCAAAUGCCAUUUUAAUGCUAUUUUCAAUCUGAAAUGACAGUUUUGAAAUGAAACAUUUUGGUAUGAAUCAAUAUUUGUUUCCAAAUGCCAAAAUGUGAUUCUACUCAAAAUGUCAAAAUAUGUCAUCUUCUCAAUUCCAGAUCUCAACUGGAAGAACAUUUUGUUUUGCUUUAUAUGCACUCACAUAUACCAUAGCUAAAACAUUUCAUACUUUUCGUCCCAGAGCAGGAUGAAAACGGAAUGUCAAGAUAUUGGAAAACUGAGAAUUAUGUUGUGCAGUUCCUUUAGCUGAGUAAUAUUAAUAAGAUAUGAAUUUUCCUUCCUGCAAAAGCUGGACUGAGGGAAUGAGAAGUGCAUCAGUUAGGCAGUGCAAAGCCUAAAACAUCACUCGUUUUCCUUCCCAAUCUACAAGUGGUCUAAAGGCUCUUCUCUUCAAAGUAAGCCUUGCAGGGGGUAAAAAUACCUUUCUGCAAAGGGUCAGCGUUUGGCCUGUAGCCACUUUUAACAGGACACACUUCAUCAAGGUCAAAAAAUUUUGUUGUUGGCCACUUCUUCUUCCCAGUUUUUUACUGCUGUUCAACAUCUGGCUUCAAACAAACUCCUGGGAAUUGUUGUUCUCUCUCUGCAAGGCUGAAGAGAACAGCAGACAUGGUAAUUUAGUCAAUAUUACCACCAGAAGUUGUUCAUUGAAAACACAGAUACCCUUUUCAAGCACAGUUUGAACUCAGAGUGACCAGAGCAGAUUUUCAUCACUCAGAUGAUAAAUAAGAGUCAGCAACUGGCCAAACCUUCUUUGCUUAUUGUGAAUAUCUUUAUGAAAUGAGGCAAGCCAGACUCCACAAAGCUAAGAAAGAUACUAUUUUCAAAAAUAAUUCACUGUAGCGAGUGUAAAACAUAGAUACUCUCAGAUUAAGAAUUGUUUGGGGUACAAACACACAAAAAGUGAAAAUGGAAGGGGAAAUCAUUGAUAUUCUUUAAUAACGAAAUUUUACUCCAUGGCAUCUGUUUUUGCAACAGGAGCUUUUGUUUACUUUUUGGUGGGAGUUGAUAUUCCAGGUUGGACAUGUUGGCCCUUGAAAGGCAUCUGUCAAAAGGCUUUUAUGACACUUGAGUUGUCAAACAGGGCUUGGAAGAGCUUUCAUCUUCUGCACUGUGCUACCCUCUGUUUGCAAAUUCAUUCAGGAAUAAAGCCCUCUGGAAGAGACAUGAGCCAGGCAAUUCUGACUAAACAUACCCCAAAAUACAGCUCCAGGGAAGGACAUCAUCUGGACUGGUUUGUGCAAAUGUGGGUUUAAAAUCAAACGAUUUCUGCAUAAUUUGUGGAUUUUUUUUCGUUGUUUUCCCAUGUUAAAAAUACUGAUCAGUGCUGUUCUGUUACAUGGUGGUGUGUUUUACAUCAACCUAAUCUUAUACCUUGGCUAAAGAGACUUUCAAGAUGUGGCAGGCAGAGCACACAUCCUCUCUGUGGGGGACAGGUGGCAUCUCCUUCUGCUCUUGGUCUGAUACUCUUGCAUCAAUGGAUUUUCCUCAGAAAGGCCUAUGUGAAGUCAAGGCUGGCCUCCAAAGCAGGAGAAACACCCGCAAUGAUAAGCAAAAGGAGAACAAUUUGGCUAAAUGUUGGCCUGUAAGAUGCAGUUGGAGACAGUCACCCGGACAGGUCCCCCAACAGUCAGAGAAGGGAAACAGACACUUCCCAGGGGUGUUUCUUAGGCUCCUAUGUGCAGAUACUUCUGUGUGCUGGGUAUCUCAGUUCUCAUUUCAAUUAGUGGAGUUCAAGUCAAAACUGAUUUUAGGCUGAGCCUAAAAUUUGUGCAUAUGACUGGCUUGCAAAGUCAUCCCUAAAUUUCACUGACCAUCAGCAAGUUUUCCAUGUAAGCAAUGGGAGCCUGGUGCACUCAGAGAUACUCAGACAGGCUGAGAGAGUUGGGGUGUUCAGCUGGAGAAGAGAAGCUCCGGGGAAACCUUGGUGCAGCCUUUCUGGACUUAGAAGGGGCCAAUAAGAAAGAUGGGGACAGACUUUUUAGUUGCCAUAUGGCAAGGGUUGAUGGUUUUAAACUAAAAAACGGGAGAUUCAGGCCAGGAUUGAGAAAUAAUUUUUUUAUCCUGAGGGUGGUGAGAGACUGGCCCAGGUUGGCCAGAGAGGUGGUGGAUGAACCAUCCCUGGAGACAUCCCAGGCCAGGCUGGACGGGGCUCUGAGCAACCUGAGCUGGUGAAGAUGUCCCUGCUCAUGGCAGGGGUGGCACUGGAUGAGCUUCGAAGGUCCCUUCCAACCCAAACUAUUCUGUGAUUCUGUGACUCUGUGUUUAAUGACGUACACAUUUGGAUGCCUUAAUCUGAAAGUGAAUCCUAUCCUGGGUAUCUGUAUUCAAAUGGAUGAACUGUGUCCUAAAAAGUUCUUGACACCAGUUCUAACAGGAGCUGCACUAAUCAGCUCAAGUGGGAAAACCUACAUGAUGGACGACUGAAGUCAAGUUGGAUGAACCCACGUAGAUAUCUCAUCACGGACCUUUAACCUGGGCCUGGAAACUCUGCCACUUGUCUUGUCUAGAUAUGCUAAACGUCUCUGAAAUACUUGUUUCUCCCUGCACACAAGUAAAAUAGAUGUAAAGGAAGAUACAUACAAGCAGAAAACAUAAAAACUGUCGAAGCAAUUUGCUAUCAACCACACAAGAAACCUGGUAGUUGCAUGAAUCUCUGCCAUCAUUGCUCCUGAAAAACCUCUCAUCAAUCCAUUUAGCUGGCUGAACAGUGAGCAGGAGGGACAGUGACCUUCUAUUUCUGCUCUAUAUCAAAUUGAACAUUUGUAAGUGCACGAGGGAAAAAGACCAAAAAAACCAAAACUCACAACUCUUCCGUCUGCCACUGUGCAUAUAUUCUCCCUUUCAACAUCUACACCUAUGUACAGAUACAUAUAUUUCAAUUUUGGAGUAACCAGUUCUUUAUUUCAUAAUUGACCACUAAGAAAUAAUCUUUCGAGUGUGUGUUUUUGUUAGGCUGAGAAAAGACAACUUUAAGAAAAUGUUGUGUAGCCAAAAAACUGAAUUUUCCAGCUGAAGGCCAUUUAAACAAGAGAAUUUCAAUGUUCCCUUCUGUACACAGUUUUUGGAUUAUUUCUUCAGCCUGUAGUCUUCUAAAAUAAACAGCAUUCUUUGAAUUUAUUUAAAAAAAUAAAAUAGUAAAUCUGUGGGAAAGGGUAGCAGAGAAGCAAAGUUCUGAUCACUGAUGACUUCAGUAAUCCCAUGAUAAUUCUUAAUUCUCUUUGAAGCCAGUGGUAUUUUUUUCCUCUUGAUUUCAACAGGAAGAGGCCAAGGACUCAUCCUUGAGUGUGAUAACCUCUGCUGUUAGAAAGCCAUAAAAUACAUUUAUAUUAUCCCAGCAUUGUUCUGUUUAGGCAGGUUUAGGUUUACUCAAGAGGUUUCUUCCCAUACUAACUGUGAUUACUGUAUCAGGCUCUUUUCUUGUUAUUUUGCUCCUAAAGCUAGUGUUUGGAUGUUGUAAUGAGGAAGAUGGGAGCCAGAAGCAGCAGACAUAAAUUUUGUAGCUCUGCAGAAGGCUUCUCAGAUGAUCAUGGACUUGGUGGAUUCCUCAGUCAGUGAAGCUCUAGAAACCACUCUAGAAACCUCUAUGGACAAGGACCUACCAUGUGAUUGCAGGUGGUUUUACCACUAACGUUACAGGGUGAAUGUAAUUGUGCAAACUGCUGAGAGUUGUAGAAGAUAUAUUUAUGCACAAUAAACACUUUCUGAAUGUAGUUCGUAUUUCAUACAGUAUUCUUAAAAAUGAAUUUAAACCAAAUGCAAAUAAAGAUACUUGGAGACCU